ACUACCUGUUGAUGGGUAGUCCAGUCACCAGCGUGAUAAUAUACCAGUUUAAUAUUUUAUUCGCAAGGUUUAAAAUUUAAAAUAAUUUUAGUUACUUGAAUGGUUGUAAAAUACUUGAAUUAUAUAUAUUUGAACACGAUAAGUGCGGACAUAAAUACGCAAUAAUAAAAAGUAAUAUACGAUCAGAUUCCUGGAACAUAUUAUUCACUGAACGUGUUAUAAUGGUUAAGGCAAGAAAAUACGUCGUAAAAAGGAAUUUUCAAGGAGUUCCCAAAAAGGAUGACUUUGAAAUUGUCGAAUAUGAAUUGCCUCAGCUGAAAACCGGUCAUUUCUCCGUGAAAGCCGAAUGGAUCAGUGUCGACCCUUAUUUGAGAGCCUACAACUCUAGUACACCAGCUCCAUACGACCAGUUCGGCUUUCAAGUAGGUACAAUUACUGAGUCAAAGAACCUAGAGUUUCCAGUUGGCUGCAGGGUGGUUACUCAUAAGGGAUGGUGUGACUACAGCGUGGUGACCAAUUUAAAAGAAGCCCACAGUAAUGUAUAUAUAGUGCCAGAUCUUCAAGGUCUACCCUUUGAGUUGGCUUUGGGAGCUUUAGGCAUGCCUGGAGUCACUGCCUACUUUGGUUUUCUUGAAAUCUGUAAACCAAAAGCUGGCGAGACCGUGGUUGUAUCGGGAGCAGCGGGUGCCGUCGGAUCCAUUGUUGGACAGAUUGCAAAGAUCAAAGGGUGCAGAGUUAUUGGAUUCGCUGGCUCCGAUGACAAAGUGCAAUGGCUUGAGAAGGAACUAGGAUUCGACAAAGCUAUAAACUACCAGACUGCGGAUGUUAGUAAAGCUUUAAAAGAUGCAGCUCCAAAAGGAGUAGAUUGUUAUUUUGACAACGUAGGCGGGGAGCUGACUACUGCUAUUUACAGCCAAAUGAAUUUGUAUGGAAGAGUUUCUCUCUGCGGCUGCAUUAGUUCGUACAAUGAAGACCCAACCACGUAUAAGACAACAUCACUGCUGCCGUUCAUCAUAUUGAAGCAGCUAAAAGUGGAGGGUUUUGUAGUAUCCAGGUGGUCAGAACCAGAAAACAGGUGGCCAGAGGCUAUCGCUGCUCUGGCACAGUGGAUAAAACAAGGCAAGAUAAAGACAAGAAGCCAUCUGACCGAAGGAUUUGAUAAGCUAUAUGAUGCCUUUGUCGGCAUGCUGGCUGGAGAAAACACGGGAAAGGCUAUUGUAAAAGUUUAAUAAUGUAUUAUAAGGGUCGAAUAAAAUAGGUGACCAAAAAAUAUAUUAUGAAUACUUUAAAAAAAUUGUUUGAUUUAAGUGAGGAGGUAAUAACAUGACAUGAACAUAACAUUGUAUAAUGCAUAAUCGUGGUUGGCCGCGAUCUUAUGCGUAUAAUUUCAGGAUUGAAACUAAAGUGAGGUGAAAAUUAAACAAGUGUUGCCAUUAUACAUUUAUUUAUAGUUAAACAACAAAUCAUUGAUUACUUUUCCUUUAAAUCAACAUUAAUUAUUUAUUUACUCUCAUGUUUUACACAUGGAAUCACAGUAUUUAUUCUUUGGUACUAAUAAUAAUAUUAAUGAAAUAUACUCUGCUACUUUCUAUGUUUUAUCAAAACUAAAACUAAGCUUUAUAAAUUACUUUUAUUGGCUGAGAUUAUAAGAAAAUACCGAUAAUACUAUGUAAUAAUUUGAAUAGUAUAUAUUACAUAGAGAAAAUAUGAAAUCAAGUAAUCAUAUUUAGAGACAUAAAACUAACAGAGAUAUUCAUUUUAUCGAACUACUAUCAUAAAACCAUUUAUAUUUAAUGUUAAAUUUCGUAAAACAAUUAUAAUUAUAAUUAGGAACUUAGUACUGAGUGAAACUAAAAAAAGCCUUAAUUUCUUACAAGCAAUAUAAUAAUAUAAAGUGCAGAUAUUCUCCAAAUAUAUAAGGAUAUUAAAUAAUUCGUGAUAUUUUUUUGUGGAUAAAUUUUAACUACAAACGAUUUUGCUUAAGCCUAAAACAGAUAACCUUAAUAAAGUUUCUUUUAUUUAAUAUUA